GGGAGCUGCCUUUGCUGUCCCUGCAUACAUUGUUGAAAGGUCCAAAAUGAUAUGCUGCUAUCAGGAUGGUAUUGCUCCCAGCAGGAACUGGGGUUAAACCAUACCAAUAAGAUGGAGUCAGAAAACCAAACUUCUGUGACUGAGUUUAUCAUCCUGGGCCUCUCCAGCCAUCGGGGCACUCAGCUCUGGCUUUUUGCACUCUUUUUAGGUAUGUAUGUCAUCACUCUUGUGGGAAACACUGUUAUCAUUGUUACCAUCCGGAUAGACCCACGUCUUGAUACUCCCAUGUACUUCUUCCUUGGAAACCUGUCCUUCUUGGAUAUCUGCUACACAUCCAGUGUGGUCCCCCAGAUGCUGGUCCACUUCCUGGCCCAGCACAAAGCCAUCUCUUUCAGCAGCUGCACAGCCCAACUCUAUGUCUCCCUGUCACUAGGGAGCAUUGAGUUUAUCCUCCUGGCUGUUAUGGCAUAUGAUCGCUAUGUGGCCAUUUGCAACCCCCUCCAUUACACUGUCACCAUGAGCAAGAGGGUUUGUAUCCAGCUGGCAGUGGCUUCAUGGGCCAGUGGCUUUCUCAACUCCUUGGUGCAAACCACCUUUACCAUGCGGCUGCCCUUCCGUGGCUUCAAUAUCAUCAACCACUUUGCCUGUGAAGCUGUGGCACUCAUCAAGAUAGCCUGCUCUAACACCUAUGUUAAUGAGAUCAUUCUCGUGAUGGCCAGUGUCCUGAUCCUCAUCAUCCCCUGCUCCUUCAUCAUCCUGUCCUACAUCUACAUCAUUUCAUCCAUCCUGCGUAUUCGCUCCUCAGAGGGCAGGUACAAGACCUUCUCCACUUGUAUCUCCCACAUCACUGUUGUGAUGCUGUGCUAUGGGACAGCCAUCUUUGCCUAUAUGAGGCCCCGGGCCAGUGUGUCACCCAAUCAAGACAAGAUGUUUUCAUUAUUCUAUGCUGUGGUCACUCCCAUGCUGAAUCCUGUCAUAUACAGCCUAAGGAAUAAGGAAGUGAAGGAGGCCCUAGCCAAAGCCAUGGGAAGUGGGCUGUCUUCUGAAAAAAGAUAGAUAUUUCUGUCUCCUUCUAGAUAUUUUUCCUCUAUAGUCAUCAAGGAAGACAAAGGGAAGAUGACAUUCAUGGAAUAUGACACUGGAGAAUGAUUAUCAUUAAUAAAUAGGCCCAUUUACACACAGAUGCAAUUGUGGAACUGUCUGUCCAGAACUGAACUGAGUGUCCAUAGAAUUGAAAGGAAAAGUGUAAAAUAUUAUUAUAUUGCAAUUAAGUGUUGCUUCUCUACAAGCUCUUUUUGUUAACUCUGAG